AUGCCGACUCGUGAUCCUCGCCCGAAGGCCCCCCCUGCGGAUUAUAAGACCAUCGCAGCUCAAUACGCCAAGGCAAAGCGACUGAAAGAGAUAGAAGCCGCCGGCAGGAAAUCCGAAGUCCCUUCCCCCGACAAGGCGCAAGAUGAUACCGCCAAGAAGCAACGUGCUGCUUUCGAAUCGCGCCGCAAGUCAGCAUACGAGAAACGCUUCAGCUGGACCGUUGGGUUUUGGGUGUGGAUGCUCUUUAUACACAUUAUAGGAAUAUAUCUCUUUACCAGUGGCUUCUUGUUGGCGCGACUGGUUCUGGAAGAGCAAUCCGAAUGUUCCAACCCACCCAUCGAACCUUUGGCACAGUGGAAUGGCCAGGGCAGCGUGGACGCGGGCUGCUGGCACCCAAAGUCAUUCAAGAAAGCCGUAGUGGUCCUCAUUGACGCUCUACGGUACGAUUUCACGGUCCCCGUCGAGGACAGCAGCCAAGCCGAGGUCUAUCACAAUGCUUUCCCGUUCCUGUACGAGACAUCGCUGAAUUCGCCAACCAAUGCUGUACUACUGCCGUUUAUUGCGGAUCCGCCAACCGCUACCCUGCAAAGGCUGAAGGGGCUGACGACAGGAACGUUACCUACGUUCAUCGAUCUUGGCAGCAGUUUCGGUGGAGAGGCUAUAGAAGAGGACAACAUUCUGAAGCAGCUCAAGGGCCUCGGGAAGCGGAUUGUUCAUCUUGGUGAUGAUACCUGGACUGCGCUCUUCCCGGGGUACUUCGAGCCCAAUAUCAGUAGAGCAUACGACAGCUUCAAUGUUUGGGACUUGCAUACGGUGGACAAUGGUGUGCUCGAGCACAUAUUUCCCCUGAUGCAGCCGGGGAGGACCGGCGAGUGGGAUCUUCUCAUCGGCCAUUUCCUCGGAGUUGAUCACGCCGGACAUCGGUACGGCCCCAGCCAUCCGGCCAUGGCUUCGAAGCUUCAGCAAAUGGACAAGUUCGUCCGGGAUUUGGUCCAGACUAUCGACGACGACACCCUGCUAGUGGUCAUGGGAGACCACGGAAUGGAUGGAAAAGGAGAUCACGGCGGUGAGAGCGACGACGAGGUAGAAGCUGCUCUUUGGAUGUACUCAAAGAAGCCCAUAUUUGGUCGGACGAAACCCGAAUACAGGAUACCGCCUGCGACUGCGAAGAUACGGCCAGUGAACCAGAUUGAUCUAGUUCCCACGCUUUCUCUCCUUUUAGGCAUCCCCAUUCCCUACAACAACCUUGGCCAACCCAUCGAAGAAGCUUUCGCUGGUCAAAAGGGCGAUGGGUGGAGCAACCUGGCAGCCGUGUCCCGGAUUGCCUCCGCCGGUAUCAGGAGGUAUCAAGCCUCUUAUUUUGCCGCACGCGGCAUUGAGCAGAGUUCUUUGCCCGGGUCUCCCGCUGAUUUCUGGGAAAGAGCUAAUGUUGCCGCUCAAAAGGCGACCAAGACCCAAGAAGGCACUUACACUGCAUAUACACAAUACCAAGAAGAAACACUAAGGAUCUGCAAGGAUCUAUGGGCGAGAUUCAAUGUCACAAGAAUGGUUUUGGGUAUCACAGUUAUGGCCCUGGGCGUAAUUGUGCUUCUCAUUUACGUUUCGAGGGAUGAAGAUGACGACUUGGCGGUCCUUGACCCGGAACUUGACUUCGCCGAGAAAAGUCUGGAAAUGCAGAUGUCAACAUCGACUGAGAGCCCUGGCUCUGAUCAAGGGCUGAGCAAGAAUCUCGUCAAGGCAGGAGCGCUAGGCGCAGUUGCUGGAACUGGUCUGGGUGGUGGCUAUGUGCUGCUAUCAGCUUCUCAAGAUUGGCCACUCGCUGCUGCGGGCACUGCACUUGGAAGUUUGGUUGGGGCUGCCAUCUCUCUCUUUGGAUAUGGGAAGAGCAUAGCCAAUCUUAUUCCCCGUACCUUUUGGGGCUGGUUGUCUAUCAUUUUCACCCUUAGCCAAUCUAUAGGAUUCGCCUCCAACUCCUACACCAUCUGGGAAGAUUCGAUAUCGCUCUUUUUCCUGUCCUCGUUCGGUGUUGCGGCUGCAAUCGCAGCUCUCCGACGCCCUACAAUCAUGGACCGCUCCCUAGGAGUCUAUCACUCGGUCUUGUUUGUUGUCCUUGGUCGGAUAGCGUCGUUCUCAAAGCUAUGCAGGGAGGAGCAAAUGCCAUACUGUACAUCGACGUACUAUUCUUCCGCCAAUUCUUCGACAUCGGCCCCAUGGCAACUCGCAAUCCCAUUCGCCGUCUUCCUCAUUCUUCCCACAAUAAUCAAGGCAUAUCUCACAUCAUCCCGGUCGUACGAGGGACUUGCGCCUGGCUGGAUUGGAUAUGUGCUACGGGGCGGUCUAUUAUUAGCUGCCAUUUACUGGACUCUAGAUGCUGCCAGCAACGGCGAGUGGAUAACUUCGGUCCCAGCAGAAACCCUCAAAACUAUUCAAGUUUUGGUUGCCCAGCUGGUGUUGGCGCUCGCUUUCGUCGCUGGCACAACAGCCUUCAUCUGGGCACCACCAUGCGUAUCGAUCCUGACUGCGCCGUCUAAGAGCGGUGGCAAACCGCAGCUCAUCGUCAUUGGGCACGGAAACACCAAUGGUGCACGUUAUCUCCUCCUUGUCGUCAACUUCGCUGCUGCCUUGAUCCUCCUCUCCAAACCAAUGGGCACUGGGGCUAUAGGUCUCAUGGUAUGGCAGAUACUCUCACUUGUUGAGAUCAUCGACCUCAAUGCCAUAACGACGGAGACCAUCGGGCCUGUCGUCCUCGCCCUUCUUGGCAACUUUCAUUAUUUCAAAACCGGCCACCAGGCCGCCCUGUCCUCGAUCCAGUGGGACAGUGCCUUUAUCCCGCUGUUCACAAUCCGCUACCCAUGGUCUCCGCUGGUUGUGAUGCUGAAUCAUUUCGCGGGGCAGAUCCUGGCCUGUGUGGCCGUGCCCCUGAUCGUGAUCUGGAAGACGGACCCGAAACGCAAAGCAGUGCUCGAGAGCACGACGAGGGCCCUGGGCAUAUUCGUGGCCUACUACGCAGUGGAGAGUCUGGCCACCAUGGCUUGGGCGGGCCAUCUGAGGCGACAUCUCAUGCUCUACCGGGUCUUCAGCCCCAGGUUCAUGCUGGCAUCUGCUGCGCUACUCAUCGUAGACCUGAUCGGCAUUACUGUAACACUGACUGGUGUGAGGACGAACACCCUGGCCAUCAGUGAGAUAUUCGGCUGGGCUGACUAG